GUCUACCACUUGGGUGAAGAACUUGCUACUGCUGGCAGGCGAAAAAGUGCUCAACAAGAGCUUCCACGGGCGGGUGCGAGAGCUGUACCCGCGGCCGGACAAUAAGGAGGAGGAAAAACAAGUUCUAGACUCAUCCAUGAAAAUGAUCAUUGUCAGGCAUCCGCUGGACCGAUUGCUGUCAGCAUACCGGGACAAAAUGCUUCGAGUGAAACAAGCCUGUGACCCAUACAUCAAGUUGCAAAAGGACAUCAUAGAGAAAUACGAAGACCCCAACGGAGACCCAUUGCCGAAAUCCACAGUCCUCAUGCACGUAGGCUUAGAUGGUACCCAGUGCCUGAACGAGGCCCUGGGACUAAACCUGACGGUGCCUUACGGUGCCAGGAACCCCUUGCUUGAAGUCCAGCCCACCAACAUGACGUUUAACCACCCGACUUUCUCGCAGUUUCUCCUGAAAGUCAGGGAUGACAUUGCGCGGUUUUGGGAUACAAAGGGCAAUUCCGGGCUGAACUUUCACUGGCGGCCAUAUUGGAUCACGUGUGGCCCCUGUAAGCUGAACUAUGACGUCAUCGCUCAUGUUGAGACCCUUGGCCCUGAUCAAGAGUUCGUCAUCCGGGAACUUGGUCUUCAAAAUAUUUUAUAUAACACCCGCGCACAUGCUUCCAAUUUCGACAGCUACAACGAUACCAGCAACGCCUUGGCCCACUAUUACCGGCAAGUCCCCAGAAAGGUUCUACGGCAAAUCGUCAAGUAUUACAAACCGGACUUCGAGAUCUUUGGUUACGAUCAUAAGUCGUUCUUCCUACUUGCAGAGGGAAAGACAAACCAGUGAUUAUAGUCAGAGGUGUGUGUUAGUGUCCUCUCUCUCUCUUUCUAAAGUUGUGCAUUGGUCUAUGCAGGAUUGUGUGGGUCCUGGGUCUAUGAAACGCUUUUGCUAUAGUAGCUUCACAUCAACCGUGCAUUUGAUGUCUAGGCCAGUCCCUUACGACGCUCCUGAUUGGCUGUUGAUAAGCCAAUCACAGGGCUGGAAACUCUCAAAUCUCUCGAGAGAGUUCACAUA